UUUCAGUUCAAUAUCAAUAAAAACGAUGCCCCUCAGUCAGUCCCAAUUUCCUUCGUUCUCUCUGCCUUGCGCUGCCCUCGUCCCUCAUUUUCUCUUCCAUACUUGCGUACUUCGUUUUCUCUGCCUCAUACCCAUUCUUCUUCUUCGUUUGCUCCUUUUGCCUCUAUCCUUUUGGCCGCGUCUGUUCUCUAUCUCGUUAAGAAGCACCUAGAGCCCUUGACUGCCUUCUGCUGCUGCUGGGGGUCGUGAUGAGGCCACAACUCCGAUUUCUUGUGCUGAUAAAUCUCUCAUACCCGUAGUCCAAUAUUUCAGUCAAAUUCAGAAAUCCAAACUAAGAUUUUCUGAAUUGGAGUUUUGGCUUUUUGUUGGUGAACAACAUUCCAAAAAGCUGCAGCUGCAGAUUGAGCCUGGAUACUUUCACCUGUAAUUAAGUCUGCUUCAUACCAGCAGCCUCAUUGAAUUGUAAGGAGAAAUGAAAUUCUGAGGCCACAGCUGCCCUUGCUGCUGCUUUACUUGUGUUUAAAGGUUGUUGACCCCAAAUUUUCAAGCUUCUUGCUGCUGCUUUUUGUAUUUUCAGGCUAUCAGAAUUCUCCAGGAUAAUUAUACAAGUCUUUUUGCAUUUUCUACUCUGUUCUUCAGUUACUUUAUGGAAACUCAGCACGGCAUUCAAUUUCACACUUGUCAGAAGGUGGGAAUCCUGUUGAUAUUAUUUGUUGGCAUUGGCUUUGGCUUUUGUAUGCAUGGUUCUUUAUCUUCAAGUGAGGUGGCUAGGUGUGAGACAAACUUCGUGUCCAACAACUUAAAUAUUAGUAGUUUUUGUAGUUUCAAGAAAUACAUUGUGAAAUCUUAUUUUGAAAAAUAUGAGAGCUUCGUUGAAUCAAAAUUUCAAGAUUUCUUAGUAGAUGAACUUCUCCACUCAUGUGAAUUGCUGCCAGAUAAUCUGAAUGCUUUUUUAAGACUAUCAGUUCCCAAUCGCCUUUUGACUGGUGAAGGUUCUCAUCGUCAUCUGUAUUCAAUGAUCAGACUUCACUUCCAGUCAGAAUCAAUAAAUCAGCUACCCACUCACUUUUGUAAGGUUAUAGUUGUAGAGAGACUUCCCUCUGGAGUCUUUGCUGACCCAUUUGAACUCCAACACCUUCUGCAGCAUGGUGUUUUUACUGAUGUAGCUGUUUUUGGAGAUACAAAUUUGGAAUUGCCUUCUGUUGCUUCCAAUCGGUCUGUUGUUGAGAUUCACAUGAAUGUCAGUCCCAAUAUCUUUUUUGGACAGACAAAUGAACUGGAAAUCAGCAUAGACCUCCCAUUGCAUGCACGGUAUCAACCACUAGGUAAAAGUGGUUAUUCAAUGGUGGAAUUUGGCGCACCAGAUUUAUUUGUACGGUGCUGCAUGGAAGGAAACUUAAACGAUCAAAGCUGCUUAUUUGCGCUGAGCAGUGACAGUGUUGAAACCAAAACUAGUGCUGUUGUGUGGAGAAUUCCUUCUGGUACUAAGUUACAUACUGGUAUUGUGUCUGUCAUUACUUUUGUUGCAGCCUUCAUAUCAACUCUUGUUAUUGUCCUGACAUCCAUGUUUUAUUCUGAUAUUAAUUGUGCAAAAACAUUUAAAUUAUCAUAGUUUUGAUUUUUUUGUUGCUUGAUUUUUUGAGUAAGAGAGGCUGAGCAUCUUCUUUGA